AUGAAGCGACUUUUUGUCAGAGCUGUGCAGGACAAAGCCAUGAACCCCUGGCUGCUUUUGGCUCUCAUUGGACUCUGUGCAGCAUUUGGGCCGAGUCAACAGGAAGACGAGGACUAUGAAGAUGUGCCCAUAAACAAGACUUGGGUCCUAUCACCGAGGGUCUAUGAGAGCGAUGUGACUUUGAUCCUAAAUAAACUGCUGGAGGGCUAUGACAACAAACUGCGGCCUGAUAUCGGAGUGAGGCCGACAGUAAUUGAAACAGGCGUGUAUGUCAACAGCAUUGGACCAGUGGACCCCAUCAACAUGGAAUACACCAUUGACAUUUUCUUUGCCCAGACGUGGUAUGACAGCCGACUGAAGUUCAACAGCUCGAUGAAGCUGCUCAUGCUCAAUAGUAACAUGGUAGGCAAAAUCUGGAUUCCCGACACAUUCUUCAGGAAUUCCCGCAAAUCCGACGCCCACUGGAUUACCACUCCCAACCGCCUCCUGAGGCUGUGGAGCAAUGGGAGAGUCAUGUACACACUGAGGUUGACUAUUAAUGCGGAGUGUUACCUUAAGCUGCAUAACUUUCCAAUGGAUGAACACUCGUGUCCACUGGAGUUUUCAAGCUAUGGUUAUCCCAAGAAUGAGAUCAUGUACCGGUGGCAGAGACGUGCGGUGGAAGUAGCAGAUCAGCGCUACUGGAGACUCUACCAGUUUGCCUUUGUAGGGUUGAGGAACACCUCUGACGUGGCACACACCCAGUCAGGGGAAUAUGUAAUCUUGACGAUCUUUUUUGACCUGAGUCGGAGAAUGGGCUACUUCACCAUCCAGACCUACAUUCCCUGCAGUAUGAUCGUGGUCUUGUCCUGGGUCUCCUUCUGGAUCAACAAGGAUGCCGUCCCAGCCCGCACAUCUCUAGGUAUCACCACAGUGCUCACGAUGACAACUCUAAGCACCAUCUCCAGAAAGUCCCUGCCCAAGGUUUCCUAUGUCACUGCCAUGGACCUGUUUGUCUCUGUCUGCUUCAUCUUCACCUUCGCUGCCCUCAUGGAGUACGGCACUCUGCACUACUUCACCAGCAACAGACAGACCAAGAAGACUAAAGCCAACAAUAACACACAGCAGAAAGCAUCCAGCAUGGUGAAUAUCCGACCCGGCACGUCCCUGCUGCAGAUGAACAACAUUGUGCCCUACGAUGACGAGGAUGACUAUGCUUACGAGUGUUUGGAUGGAAAAGACUGCACCACCUUCUUCUGCUGCUUCGAUGACUGCCGCUCAGGUGCCUGGCGUGAAAACAGGAUGCAUGUGCGGGUUUCCAAGAUUGAUUCUUACUCACGAAUAUUCUUCCCCACUGCUUUUGGCCUUUUCAAUCUGGUUUAUUGGAUAGGUUAUCUGUAUCUAUAAAACCAGUACCUCAAAAAAUUACGACUGGAGUUUAACGUCUGCAAGCAUUUUACAGUAGCAAAGCUGCUAUUGUUGCAUCAGAAAUAAUAGCUUUGUUAGCAAACAAGAAACUAAAUUUAAAAGACAAGUUAUGACAUUGCCUUGUUGUUGCCUGCCCAUGUGUUGAGGUCACACUGUCCCUCAAUCUACCCAAGACGUUGUUUCAGAGCAGGACAGCUCAACAGCUACUGGUUAAUAUGUACAGUAUGGAUAUUUACUAUCCCCAGUGGAUAAUCCCAAAUGAUUAUUGUGACUCAUUGAUCUUUUCAUCUAGCACCAAAUUGAAUAAUCCUCUUGACAUAACGAGACAUUUUAAAAAGCUAAAGGCUGAAAUUCCAUCAAUUUAUUUGCUGGAUAUUCAUUGUUACCAAGGAAUUGAUUCCAUUUUUAAACUAAAUUUCCUUUGGCAGAAAAGUGCUUUAUGUUAUUGGCAAACUCCACUCAUACUAGCUCCAAUGCUUACGACCCUCUUAGGGCCUGUGUCCACAUUUUUUUCUGGUGAGUCUCAUCCCAGCGUUUCUAUGACAACAAUAUGUUGACAACAUAUCACCAGUCUAACCGCCGUUGUAUGAUGGACUAGCAUCGCCCCAUUGCUUGUUAUUAUCUAUUUGUGCUACUAUUUAUUUAUUUGACACUGUAUUGUUUUUCCAUGAGCACCAACCGGAGGAUGCUUUUCUGCUUUGUAUGAAUGAUCGCUGGUCACCAAUGGUCACCGCUCAAUCUGACAGCCGUAGAACAAGGAGGACAAUCCACCGGCGAAAACGCUUACGCCGAUAAAUAUACAACUCUCACUGGCAGCAACAUUCAGCACCUGCUCGGCCGAUCUGCUCCCACAAAAGGGCUUUUCCCUCUUUGUUAUGAAAGUGUCCGUCUGACAUAUUAAGCUCAGGAUAGACGGACACGGCAAAAACAAACUUCUCCUCCAUUUUCUAAAGUGACGAGGCAGCCACGUGCGACAGCAUACGCUCUCUCGUCAUCUUGAACAAUUGAAAAAAGACGCUGGUGCUCAGAAAAAGACGCUAUGUGGACACAUAGUCAUAGACACAUGUCAUUAUCUUUUUAUCAGCAAAGAGCAACAUAGUAAAACAAUUUAGGAACAUGUAUUGUAUGUGUCAAUUGUAUUCAACAUUUGUUCACUUUCACGCGUUAAAAUUAAGAAAUUUGAUUCUGUAAUCCCAAACUUGCAAAUGUUGGAAUUUAAACCUACCCAGAUUUAAUAUUGACAAUGAUUUGAAAGCAUUCUUAAAACAAGAGCAGAUAUGAUACUGGGUUCAGAUUAGUUAACAUGCUGUCAAACCCUAAACCUACCCACAGCAGCUUUGACCCAAGAAAUCUUUGCACAAGUAAAACUCCAGUCUGCACAGAGGAGAUAUUGCCAUCAAACCUGAAAAAAAAAUUGCCCAAAUGUUUGUUUACUCUUUGCCACCGUGCUAUCGAUAUCGUUGAGAAGAAGAAACAAGGAGGUGAACUGCACUUUGUAGCUGUUGUAUUGAAGGAAGGAGUAUUUAUAUUCCAUUGAGUUUAAAAAAAUAUUUAGUUUUUGUUUUGCAGGAAUUUGGGGUACUGUUGGUCCCUAUAAUACAGGAAUGGCGCAUAACUUUAAUCUUCAUAGGGUUCUAUUUUUCUAGGCAACAGGCAUUCUGAUCAGUGAGGUCAAACUGGGCCUCGAGCCUCUGCUCAGAAGUUACUGCAUGGAAUGAAUUUAUAACCUCCGUCAUGAACAGUGAUGGUUGUUUUUCAAGCAGCCAGACUUUAUACUCUGAUAUACGUAUUAUAUCACUCUUAAAAACACUUCAGUUCUGAAUAAAAAAUUCCCAAAUCUAAAUUGUAGAUUUCCUUUCUGAAUAGGUUUGAGAAUAAAAUGUCCUUUCCUAUACAGAUUAUAAAUGACUUGAAUGUCCUUUUAUACAGUUGUGUUGGAUGUAAAAGACUCUAUGUGGACAGAUACGGUGCCACCCUGCAAACCUGAAAAACUAAAACACAUAAAAUGAAUACAUACUGAACACAUCUUCUUAGAAUUACUCUUCUUUUGUAAUAUAGUGUGUGAAUGGCAUGAAGGAAGAAUUAACUACGAUAGACUUAAAGCUGAUUUUGUUUCCCCCCCCUUCAUUUUUUCUUUUCGGCUACGCUGCCUUACAGAUAUACAGUACAUCAUUUCUCCAGGAAUGUUAGAGGUUCAUAAAGUUGU